AUGCGGCGCGGAGCUCCCACGCCGCACGACAGCGUGGGGCCCCGACCCACCUACGGCGCGGCCACUACGCCCCGCUCACAACGAUCCGCGGCCACCACGCCACGUUCCCAGCGCUCCGGUUCGGCCGGCCACGGCACUAUCCUCGUUAACCUCGACGUGUUCAUCCACCGCGCCAACAUCGGCCGCGACAUCAGCCCGAACGACGAGGACCUGAUCGUGCUCUUUCGUCGCAACAGCAAGGAAGUCACGUCCGAACCGGCGCGCUGGAGUGCCGAACACUGUGCCGUUUGGAACCAGCACGUCGGUAUCCAGACGUCGCUGCUUAAACACAAGAAGUCUCAGCAGGGCGGCGGCGCGACAGCCACCGAAUUCCUUAAGAAGGAGUACGAAAUCGUGCUCGUUGCGCUGCCCAGCCAUUCCGCUGUCGCACUCUUCUCGCUGGACUUCGCCACGCUCGUACAACUGAACGCCAGCCCACAGGACCGGCACAAGUCCUUCCGCAUCUCGCCUCUUAAGUGUCGAGACUUGGCAGCCUCGCUCGAGUUCGACAUCACGUGGGACCUGGUCCAAUCCCCCGGUAGCUCGCAGGCCAAUACCGCGGCCAACAUGAUGAUGCAUUCCAGUACCAACCCGCACGCGUCCGGGUUGGCCGGCUUGCCGCCAUCCUCUACACUGCUCAAUAAGAGCUCACAGGGUCCUAAAGCGCAGACACCGAAGGCUCAGACGCCGCGCUCUCGAGAAACAUCCAAGUCUCGGCGCGCCGCAAAUGAGACGUCGUCCGUGUCGACGCGCCGGACAACGGCCAGUCUCAGUUCGGCUGGUAGCGAGCGCGACCUGCUGGAGGAGCUGUCGUCAUCCAACUGUAACAAUUGCCGCUCUGCCAAGCGCAGACUCGAUCGCAAGGAGGUACAGGUGCUGCAGCUCGAGUCGUUCUUGAAGGAGUCGCAGAAGCGCAUUGACGCGCUGUCUGCGGAGAACGAGGAAUUGAUUAUUCGUGAAAAGGCCGAGACGCGCAACGCUGCACAACAGCGUGCGCUGACGUUGCGUCUUCUACAGGAGCUGGAAGCGGCCGUGCAGCUGUGCAACAACCAGAUGCAGGUACAGGACAUGACGUUGCUGCCUCAGGUGGAGCUGAUCGAGCGCGUGAAAAAGCUGCACGAGGAGGCCGACCCGUUGCACGGCCACUCGGAAGACUCUCGUCCUUCACACACGUCACAAACGUCCACCUUCGACUUCCGAGCCGAGACAGAGGCAGCGUUGCAACGCAACCAGCGGCUACAGCAACAGCUUGAGUUCCUGGGCCGCUCGAUGGACUACGACAGCGAGACAGUUGAGGGCGUCACCCGGUCGCAUCGUGCAGCUACGGACACGUCGGGCACCACGAUCUCGUCUGCGCGUAGCGGCAGCGUCACGGUGGACUGCGAACCUCGUCCGGUGGCGUUGACAAUGACACAGCAACUCAAUAAUCUCGAGCGUGAGAACUUCAAGCUGCGCGCCGAGCUCGAGGGCGCGUUGGCCAAUGCCGCCAGCGCUCUGAAGAAGCACUCGGGCGGGUUCCCGUCUGGUUUAACGAACGGUCUGUCGCUCACUGCUGAAGUCUCGGAGACGACGAGCUCGUCUAGCCGUGAGGACAUCGAGGAGCCAGAGAACGAGGACGCAGCGCUACUGUCGCGAAUCCGCGAGCAGCACGAGCUUGAAGCCGGACGUUCAGCUGCAUUAGAGUCGGAGCUGGACAAGGCCAAGAGCGAGAUUGAACAACUCAAGGAGCAGCUCGAAGCAGCGCAGAACGGACGACCGUCCAAGGAGGAGAAGGAGCCGUCGCAGGCGCCUGGUUUCUUGGACAAGAUCUACGCUGACGUGGGUAAGGCCAAGUUGGUGCUAGAAGACCGUGUCAAGCAACUAGAUGAGAUGCUGGCUAGUGCGACGGAAGAAAACGGCCGUCUUCGCAGCCAGAUCGAGGAGCUCCAGAAGCAGAAGAACGGCAGUCAGGACCAAGCUACAACUGCCGAGAUGGAGGUGCAUAUUGCCGAACUGGAAAGGCUACUGGAACAGCGAGAGGAGGAGAUGAAAGCGAAAGAAGGAGAACUGGCGAGAACCAAGAGACAGCUUCAGGAUGCCGAGACGCGAGCUCGUGCAGGCGAGAGCGUUAAAAUUGAGCUCGAGAGUGAGCUUGCGGGUGUGCGUCUGUCACUCAAAAUGGCACAGGAGGCAACUGCGCAGCUGGAGAACCAGUUGGCUAUGAUGUCUUCUAGCGCUGCCCCCGGGACGACAACGUCCACGUCGUUCGUAUCUCACAAAUCGGCCGCGAGUGACGCUACUGGACACAACGAUGAGUUAGCAGAGGUACAGAAGCAGUUGAAGCUGUCCAAGCAGGAAGUGAUGCAGCUCCGUUUCCGCAGUAACCAGCUUGAGAGCGUUCACGAACGUCUGGAAGACGCACUCAAGGAGAAACGCACACUGGAGGUGAAGCUGACAGCGCUGGAGGGCCAGCUCUUUGAGCAGCGGAGUCGCACGAUUAACACGGACAACAGCAGCUUCACUGCUCCGUCACUGGACGCCAAGAGCUCAGCGAUGCUGACGGACAUGCAGCGCGAGCUGGACCAGAAGUCCGCUCAGCUCAUGAUCGCAGAGCGUGAGGUGGAACAUCUGCGCGGCCAACUGGCCGACCAAGGCGUCGAGAUCACCAGCCCUGACAACAUCGACGACGUGACCGAUAAGGUGAAACAGUUCGAGAACGAGAUCGCGCGUCUGUGCCAGCGCAACGACGAUCAGGCCAGGAAACUGGAGAAGCUCGGAGCGCGCGUGACAGUCGCCGUUCGCGAGCGCGACGAGCUGGAAGUGAUCGUACAGCAGAUGGUGACGGAGAUGUCGCUGCUGGGCAAGGACGUGAAGCUUCCUCGCACUCACCGCACGCCGUCGAUCCCGGAAGCCGACGAGAUGGAGGAGAAGUCACCGUCGUCGAUGCCGCGCCGUCCGCCGCCGGUGCAGACGGGCAAGAUUACCGACCGGUACGCGAACGCCGUGGCGUCCAGCUCCAGCGCGUCUCACACGCCCAGCUCUUCUGCACCAGGCGUGACCAGCAGCAAGGUGGCGCAGCUCAUGAAGAACUUCUCUGCUCAGAGCAGCGACGACGGCAGUCCUGGCGUGUCGCCGAGCGGCGUGGCUUUCAAGAAGCCCACGAAGCUGGACUUCCGCAACCGCAAGGCGUCAAAUACCAGUCACCGCAGUAACGACGGCUAA